CUGGGGCCGCGCGGGCGCGCGCGCUCCGACCACGGGCGCGCUCCAACCCACGCGCCUGCCGUCCCGGGCCUCGUGGGCGCGCACCAGUUUCCGUCUCGGGCUCCGGGCGCUUCCGGUCGUAGCGGGGCUCUUGUAGGAGGCUCAUCAGUUCGAGCUUGUUGGCCCGCCAACCCCUCAGUUUACAAGUGAGACUUCUGGAGAGGGGAAAUGACCUUCCUAAGACUGUACAGCUGGUGAAUUGUGGGGCUUCACUAGAAUCCGGGCUUCCUGGCUCAGACAAUGUUCCUUCGAUCAUUUCACAUCACAGACUCAUUCCUCCUCUAUCUGGGAGGUGUCCCUGAUGUUUUUCCUCUCUUAAGACCUAAGGAGAUGGGUCUGGUCUUAUUGUUUCCUAGGCCUAUGGGCUCCUUUAUCAGGAUUGCUUUCUUCCUCAGGGUAUACAACAAACCUCCAGAUGUUGGUCCAUGGGAUUCAGCAGAGGAUGAGUCCUCUAUCCUCCUUUCAUAAGUGAGCCACUUUUUCCAACUGCUCUUUCACCAUCCACUGUCCUCAUGUCUACUUUACUUCUCAAUCUGGAUUUUGAUCAACCUCCCCCCAAAAAGGCAUUUGAGGGGAAUGCCAAGCACCAAAAAUUCGUCAAGAAGCGGCGGCUGUUGGAACGUAGAGGCUUUCUGAAUAAGAAGAACCAACCCCCUAGUAAAGGGCCUAAGUUACAUUCAGAACCUCCAAAGAAAGGGGAAACUCCUAAAGCUGAUGGCACUUGGAAGGUCCCUUCCUUUCCAAAAAAAAAGAAGACAACUGCCUUGAGCAGUGGGUCAGAUCAGUCCCUGGACAAGAAAGCUGCAGUGCCUUGGCUGACCCCUGCCUCUUCACAGAAGGCUGGUUCCGUUGUGGCUAAGAUAGAUUUGCUGGGGGAGUUCCAGAGUGCCCUUCCAAAGAUUAAGAGACACCCACCUCGCCCCAAGAAGAAGGGCUCCCAGAAGAAGGGCCCUCAGAAGAAUGCCCCACAGAACUCCACCCAAGCUCAUUCAGAGAAUAAAUUCUCUGGAGCAUCCUGGAAGAUGGUGGCAAUUGACUGUGAGAUGGUGGGCACAGGACCCAAGGGGCAUGUCAGUUCGUUGGCUCGAUGUAGCAUUGUCAGCUACCACGGAGAUGUACUCUAUGAUCAGUACAUCCGUCCCCCCUGCCACAUUGUGGACUAUCGGACCAGGUGGAGUGGUAUCCGGAAGCAGCACAUGGUGAAUGCUACCCCCUUCAAGAUUGCUCAGAGCCAGAUCUUGAAGAUACUCACAGGGAAGAUAGUGGUGGGGCAUGCCAUCCACAACGACUUCAAAGCCCUUCAGUACUUCCACCCUAAGUCCCUCACCCGUGACACCUCCCAUAUCCCCCUCCUCAACCGGAAGGCCAACUGCCCGGAGAAUGCCACCAUGUCCCUGAAGCGUCUCACCAAGGAGCUGCUGAGCCGCGACAUCCAGGUUGGGCAAAGUGGACAUUCCUCUGUGGAAGAUGCUCAGGCCACCAUGGAGCUGUACAAGUUGGUUGAAGUCGAGUGGGAACAGCACCUGGCUCAGAAUCCCCCAGAAGACUAGCAGCGGUGGGGAUGCUGAUGUGGGGAGACAGAGGCAGCACUGCCCCAAGGAGAGGCAGCGGACCAGAGGACGCUCUACCGGCCGCACACCUUGGGAAGCUUGUUCGUGGGGAGAGAGGGCUCCGCCCCAGACUUAAUAUCCAUUGAAAUUACACCUCAGG